GAAAGAGAAACUGAAGUGUAGUUCAUGUAUUCAAGCAGUAAAAUGGCAAAAGCCACAAUUUUUCAGGAUGAGUUCAUGUGUCCAGUGUGUCAGGAUCUACUGGAGGAUCCAGUGACCAUCCAGUGUGGACACAGUUACUGUAAGAGCUGCAUUACUAACCGCUGGGAUCAGGAGGAUCAGAUGAGAGUCUACAGCUGCCCUCAGUGCAGACAGACCUUCAGUCCAAGACCUGCUUUAGCUAGAAACACCAUGCUGACUGAAGUGGUGGAGAAACUGAAGAAGACCAAACUUCCUGCUGACUGUUACGCUGGAGCUGGAGAUGUGCAGUGUGACGUCUGUACUGGAAGAAAAUACAAAGCUGUCAAGUCCUGUCUGAUGUGUCUGAACUCUUACUGUCAGAAUCACCUUGAACAACAUGAGAGUUUGUUUAAAGGAAAGAGACACAAAGUGACUGAUGCCACUGGACGACUGCAGGAGAUGAUCUGCCAGUUUUCUGUUGCACUGACCAGAAAUGUAUAUGUGUGCUGUGUACGGUUAAUGAACAUAAAAAUCAUGACAUUGCAUCAGCUUCAGAACAGCGGACAGAGAAAAAGAAGCAGCUGACGAGGAUGCGGAGACGGUUCCAUCAUAGAAUCCAGCACAGAAAGAAAGAUCUUCAGCAGCUGAGAGAGGCUGUGGAGUCUCAUAAGAGCUCUGCACGGACAGCAGUGGAGGAGCUGAUACAGCUGAUCAGAGAUCAG